AUGUCACACAAGGGGGCGGGGCCAGAAGGGGACAGGGGGGCGGGGCCAGAACCAGGCAAGGGAUCGCUGUCAGUCAAGGGGGCGGGGCCAGGAUCAAAGGAGGGGGUGGGGCCAGAAGGGGCCGAGGGGGCGGGGCCAGAACUAGGGAAGGCGUCACUGUCAGUCAAGGGGGCGGGGCCAGAAGGGCCCGAGGGGGCAUGGCCAGAGCCAGGCAAGGUGUCUCUGUCACUCAAGGGGGUGGGGCCAGGAGAGAGGGAGAGGGCGGGGCCACAACCAGAACAAGGGGCGGGGCCAGAGCCAGACAAGGGGUCCCUGCCACUCAAGGGGGCGGGGCCAGGAGGGGCCGAGGGGGCGGGGCCAGAGCCAGGCAAGGGAUUGCUGUCAGUCGAGGGGGCGGAGCCAGAAGGGGCCGAGGGGGCGUGGCCAGGCUCAAAUGAGGGGGCGUGGCCAGAGGCAGGGGAGGGGGCGUGUCUGCGGGUGCGGGUGGGCGGGGCGGAGGGCCGCUGGGCGCGGUGCGUGGAGCGCUGCGUGCGGUCGAUGCGGGCGGGGGAGCGGGCGGUGCUGCGGGCGCGGGGGGCGCGGGGGUCGUUGGCCCUCAGCCUCGACGCCUUCGCCGCCGCCGCCCCCCCGUUCUGGGCCGAAGGCGCCGCGGCGCGGUGGUCGCGGGCGGAGGCCUCGGGGCGCCGGGCGGCCGCGCUGUGGGCGUCGGGCGAGGCCGAAGCGGCGGCGCGAGCGUACCGGGGGGCGCUGAGGGCGGCGGUGCUGGCGGGGGGGGUCCCCCCGUUACCGCCCGAACGCGCCGACGCCAAAGCGGAGCUUCACGCCGGGCUGGCGCUCUGCCAGCUGCGCCUCGGGCUCCCGUCCGCCGCCGCCGCCAACGCCACCAAAGCCCUGGAGCUGCGGCCGGCGCACGGCGAAGCGCGGCUACGGCGAGCCAUGGCGGCGGCGGCCAUGGGCGACCUGGACGCGGCGCUGGACGAUCUCCGCGCCGUGCUGAGGGCGCAGCCCGGAAACCGGCGAGCGCGGGAGGAGCUGCGGAGGGUGCGCGGCGCCGCCAGGGAGAGGGACGCGCACCUCGCACGGCGCCUCGCGCGGCUCUUCGCCUGACGGGAUUGCCGCGGGGAGGGCGGCGGCGUUACCGUGGCAACGGCGUCAUCGUGGCGAUGGUGUGAUCAAAGUGAUGGAGUUACCGUGGCGACGGCGUUACCGUGGAGACGAUGGUUCUGCAGUGAUGGUGUUAAAGUGAUGGAGUUACCAUGGGAACGGCAUUGCCACGGAGACAGUGGUUCUGCAGUGAUGGUGUUAUCGAAGUGAUGGAGUUACCAUGGCAACGGCGUUACCGUGGAGACAAUGGUUCUGCAGUGAUG